UAGAUCAGAGUUCAAACUAGUUUCAUUUAUCAGAAAGCAAAACUCAGACAGUCGUUGCCACAGAGAGGGGAAAUGGCGCAGAAAGGAGUUCAGCUGGACCAGGACACAGUUUCAUGUUCCAUCUGCCUGGAUCUACUGAAGGAUCCGGUGACUAUUCCCUGUGGGCAUAACUACUGCAUCAGCUGUAUAAAAUCCCACUGGGAUGGGAGGAGGACCCCCAGAUGCCCUCAGUGUUGGCAAAGCUUCAUACCGAGGCCUGUCCUGGUGAAAAACACCAUGUUAGCAGAUGUAGUGGAGGAGCUGAAGAAGACUGGACUCCAAGGUGCUGCUGAUGAUCACUGCUAUGCUGGAGCUGAAGAUGUGGCCUGUGAUGUCUGCACUGGGAGGAAACUGAAAGCCCUCAAGUCCUGUCUGGUGUGUGUGGCCUCUUACUGUGAACAGCACCUGCAGCCUCACUAUGACGCAGCUCCGUUACAGAAACACAAGCUGGUGGAGCCCUCCAAGAAGCUCCAGGAGAACAUGUGCCCUCGUCAUGAUGAGGUGAUGAAGAUGUUCUGCCGCACUGAUCAGCAGUGUAUCUGUUAUCUCUGCUCUGUGGAUGAACAUAAAGGCCACGACACAGUCUCAGCUGCAGCAGAAACGGCUAAACGGCAGAGAGAGCUCGAGGGGAGUCGACAACAAAUCCAACAGAGAAUCCAGGACAGAGAGAAAGAUGUGAAGGUGCUUCAGCAAGAGGUGGAGGCCAUCAGUCGCUCUGCUGAUAAAGCAGUGGAGCACAGUGAGGAGAUCUUCACUGAGCUGAUCAGUCUCUUGGAGAAAAGACGCUCUGAUGUGAUGCAGCAGAUCAGAUCCCAGCAGGAAACUGAAGUGAGUCGAGUCAAAGAGCUUCAGCAGAAGCUGGAGCAGGAGAUCGCUGAGCUGAAGAGGAAAGACGCUGGUCUGGAGCAGCUCUCACACACAGAGGAUCACAACCUGUUUCUACGCAACUACCCGUCACUGUCACGACUUGAUGAACUUACAGACACCUCCAGCAUCAACAUCCGUCCUCUGAGCUACUUUGAGGAUGUUACAGCAGCUGUGUCAGAGAUCAGAGAGAAACUACAGGACGUUCUGAGGGAGACAUGGACAAACAUCUCAAUGACACUGGCUGAAGUGGAUGUUUUACUGUCAGAUCCACUACCAGAGCCUGAGACCAGAGCUGGAUUCUUAAAAUAUGCACAAGAAAUCACACUUGAUCCAAACACAGCAAACACACAUCUGUUAUUAUCUGAGGGCAACAGAAAAGCAACAUUAAUGAAUACGGAGCAGUCUUAUCCUAGUCACCCAGACAGACUCACUGCAUGGGUUCAGGUCCUGAGUAGAGAGAGUCUGAUGGGAUGUUGUUACUGGGAGGUGGAAAAAGGGGAGGGAGGGGUUUCAGUAGUGGUUACAUACAAAGACAGUAACAGUGUCAAUGAAAGAUUUGGAGAUAAUGACAAAUCUUGGGCCUUUGGUUUUUAUAAACGCCGUUAUGAGUUCAGACAUAACAGUAUCACAACUCCAGUGUCAGGUCCUCAGUCCUCCAGAGUAGGAGUGUACCUGGAUCACAGAGCAGGUAUUCUGUCCUUCUACAGCGUCUCUGAAAUCAUGACUCUCCUCCACAGAGUCCAGAUCACAUUCACUCAGCCUCUCUAUGCUGGACUGCAGCUGGAUGGUCGCAUUGGAAACUCUGCUGAGAUAUGUACAUAAAUGUAGAUGUAGGUUACUGCACUGAACAGAAAACAUGUGUGGCUCAGGUUUUUCAGCUGUCUCUGAAAUAUCUGACAAAAUGUUAUACUUUCAGAUAUUGUGUUUACACAUUUGUAGGCAAAACUUUGAAAAGUAAGCACAAGUUUAUCAGAAUGUGGCAGUGCUAAUGCAGUUAGUUCAUGUUAUGUCACUGUUGUAGGUCUGAAAUUUAACUUCAUGUACUGACAGAAAGUUUAAAUUGUGUAUUUUUAAUGAGGUUAAGUACUCAAGUAAUCAUAGUUAGGUACUUUCUAUAUGUUCAUUGUUGCACUUAAAAUGCUAAUAAUUAUCAAGUCACUGAUCUGGCUUCCUUUUAAUGUCAUUCUCUACAUUGUCACCUGUUUGCAGAUAUUAGGCUUUCCACUAGAGGUCGCUCUUUACAUUAUAUUACUCUAUUAUAUGCUCUUCUGUCAGUUAGUAGUAUAUUAUAUUUCCAAAAGUAUGUGGACAGCCCUCUCCUUGUAGUGAAAGGAAAUCUUGAUGGCGUAGCACACACCGAUAGUUAAAGGGGAACUUUAUAGCAGUGAAAUCUCGGGAUGAGCCUCAACAAUGGAACAACCUGAGUGGGCUGCACAAAGCUGUGACCCCAGCCCCGGUCAACAAAGACUGCGAUUCAGACCUCCUCACCCAACAUCAGUGUUGGACCUUACUGAUGCUCUUGUUAAAACCUGCAGCCAGGUUCAACAUCUGGUGGGAAAAGUGGAACCAGUGGCUGAAGGCUCCAUGGUCAGAAUUAUUUAUGAGUGUAUAUGU